AAUUCUUUUCUUUUUCCUCAAGUUCGACACUGUACAUAUCUCUCAGCGCAAUCGUCUUCUCAUAUCAAAGACAAGUGCUUCGCUCUCUGUGUCUCUCAACCUCUUCGGGAGCUUUGGAAGGUUCAGUUAUCUGGUGUGACCAUCUAUUCGCGGUAGAAAAUGUUUUUCGACGGAUAUGGGUAUCAUGGGACAUCAUUUGAGCAGACAUAUCGAUGUUACCCUGCAUCUUUUAUUGAAAAGCCACAGAUUGAAAGUGGAGAUAAAAUUAUAAUGCCUCCGUCAGCCCUUGACCGCCUUGCGUCUUUACAUAUCGAUUAUCCAAUGUUGUUUGAACUUCGAAAUAAUGCUGCUGAGCGGGUUUCUCAUUGUGGGGUUCUUGAGUUCAUUGCAGAAGAAGGCAUGAUCUAUAUGCCUUAUUGGAUGAUGGAGAACAUGCUCCUACAAGAGGGGGACAUUGUGCGGGUUAAAAAUGUGACCCUUCCAAAGGGAACAUAUGUUAAAUUACAGCCCCACACAAAGGACUUUUUGGAUAUCUCUAACCCAAAAGCUAUCUUAGAGACAACGUUAAGGAAUUUUUCCUGCUUAAGCACUGGGGAUAGUAUUAUGGUGGCAUAUAACAACAAGAAGUAUUACAUAGAUAUUAUAGAAACAAAGCCUGCUAAUGCAAUAAGCAUUAUUGAGACAGACUGUGAGGUGGACUUUGCUCCUCCCCUGGAUUACAAGGAACCUGAAAAGCCUGUUGCAUCUGCUCAUCCAAGCAAACCAGGUCAAGUUGAAGAAGCUCCAGCUGAAUCUGAACCUAAAUUCAACCCUUUCACUGGAGUAGGGAGACGCUUGGAUGGGAAACCUUUGAUGCAUCAGCCUGCACCAGUUUCUUCCUCAGGGUCCAAAGAGAAGCGGCCUGAUGCUGGCAAAGGUAAUGCACAGUCUUCUGCUGGGUCUAGUUCACAAGGCACCACUCGUCAGACUCAGGGAAAGCUUGUGUUUGGAUCAAAUGUAAACCGUGCUGCUAAAGAAACUGAAAAGGUAGCAGCAAAAGAGUCUAAACAAGAGCAGCCCCCAAAGAAAGAAGAGCCAAAAUUCCAGCCUUUUUCUGGGAAAAAGUACUCGUUGAGGGGUUGAUGGAUUUUCAAACAAUCAACUGCUUUAACUUCUUUUGUUAUCCUUCACCUGUACCUAUGUGGAUCAGGAAAUACAAUAGAAUUAUGUAUUUAACUGGGAUGUUUUAACUACGAGAAGGUGAAACAGUAGUAGGUUCUCAUGUUAAAUGAAGAAAUGAAAAAGAAACCUAUUUCAUUUGUUA